UUUCUUUUUGCGUUUGGAAAGUGUACCUCAUUAGAGUGAACACAUAGGCGUAACAAGCCCCCAGUGCAAAAGUUACAAAAAAAACCUCAAAAAGAGAAGAGACACUCCAUCAGAAUUUUGGAGCUUAAAAUUGCAAUUUCAGAGAAACUGAGGACUUUCCCAUUCCUCCGCUCCGCCUCCAAAUUUUUGGUUCACUUUCUCUUCCGCUCUCUCAGUGUCUCUCUCUCAAAGCGAAAGAAAGCCCUCACAUCCGUCACCAGUAAGCUCUUCUUCUUCUUCGUCCUCUCUCACUCUCUCUCUCUCUCUGUGCGCAAUUCCUCGUGACCUCGUCGGCAAGAUUCCUAGAUUUCCAUUGGACAUAUGCGUAAUUACGUAAUUGCCCUUCGCUUCCUGGUAAUUUACCCGAACGGACGCCUCUGCUUGUUUGGUUAUCUGCCUUCGCUUCCUUAUUAGCAUGCUGAAACUUCCCUAUAAAUUGACUCGCUUUAUUAAAAUGAUAUGGGAAUUAAAUAAGGUAUCGAGAAGUGUUUUGUUCAUAAAUGUUGGAUUAAUUAGUGAGUGGAUGGAUUAAAUAUGAUAUCUGGGUCUUUUCGAUCUAUUUAAAAUUCACGUUUGGAAGAACUUUGUUAUUAAUUAAUGUGGUAUGCUAUUUCUCUUUCAGUUUGAUCUGGGAAAAUUCCCUAAAUGACAAACCAAAAUGGGCAUAUAUUACAAAAUUGGAAUUUUGGUAACAAAUUCUUGACACUUGGUCACGUCUAUGUGAGAACUUAUGGGAGUGACACUCUCUUUAGUAGUUCUGCUUCUAGUUUUCAGUGUUUUUGAAUAAGAUUUUAUCCUGGAUCGGUUACAGCAGGUGCUUUCAAGAGAGGUGAGAUUAUAUGAAAUUUUCUCCCACUGCAUACAUAUUAUGAUUAUGUCUGCGCGCGCAGGGGCGUGCGCUCAUAUGUAAAUAAAUUGUGUUUGAAAAGUACAUUUAUAUGUGUUAUAUGUAUACAUAUGUCCAAACGGUCAAUUAUUUCUGAUUCCUCGAGUGUUUAUCCGGCCUGCAGGUUUAAGAUCGGGGGGUUGACCUCCUGUAGUUUUGGCCUUUUGGGUGGAUCUGAGGAUGGAGCUCUGCUGAACAUUUUGGAAGGGAGAAGCCAGUUUGAAUACAUGCAGAUGAAAAUUUUGAAUGAAUGAACUCGCGUGAGAUGUGUGUAUAUUCUGAAGGUGACUCUCGUGAGAGAAACUAAGGAACCUUUUCAUUUCUGAAUCAUCUAUGGGGCGCAAAGGGAGCGGUGUUGAUACAGAAAUUCAGGAGAAACCAAGCACAUUCUGGACACAGUGUCCCAUUUGUUGGGCAAAACUUCAAUACUACACGGAGUUUCUGGAUCGGUUGCUCCGUUGUCAAAUAUGCCAUAACACAUUUCAAGCUCGUGAAUUCUUAGAAGAUGUUGAUGCAGAAGCUCUCAGGAAUCAAUGUCCAAACCAUAAAGAGCCUCCAAAACAGUGUCCACAGGACCCCCCAAACACAUUCUGGACACAGUGCUCCUUUUGUUGCGCAAAAUUUCAAUACUACAGUGAUACUCUGGGUCGAUUGCUUUGUUGUCAAAUAUGUCAGAAAGCAUUUGAGGCUCAUGAAUUGAAGAACGAUGUUCAUCCAGAAUUUUUCAGGAAUCAAUUUUCGAAUACUGUGGAGCCUCCAAAACAGGGUCCUUCAAACUUAGCCUCACAAGAUUUGAGGAAGGGUCAAUCUUCUGGUGUCGCUGAGAAGAAGAGGAAUAUUGGAGCUGCUGGUGUACAUAAGAAAGAGGCAAGAGAAAAUGUUAGUUUCCCUCUGGAUAAAAAUUUUCCAAACAAGAAGAGGAAAACAGAAGAAUUUGAGUUAAAAGCAAAGGAAGCCACCAUGCUAGAUAAAGAGGAAAGCAACUUCAAAGCUGAUGUCAGUUCUGCAGCAAAUGUAGCCACUCUGGAGAGCAUUGAGGUUCCUGAUCCUCAAUUUCAUAAGUUUGUAGUUGAUGCAGACAUGUUGGCAAAUCUUUGUCAAGCUAAUCAAACAUGGGCUCUUUAUGAUACAGCAGAUGGCAUGCCCAGAUUCUAUGCUAUUGUCAAGAAGGUCCUCACCCCUGGAUUUAAGCUGAAAGUCAGCUGGCUGGACGCGGAUCCAGAUGACCAAGGUGAGAUUGAUUGGUGUGAAAAGGAGUUGCCAGUUGCUUGCGGUAAGUUCAGACUUGGAGACUCUGCAGAAAUUACGGAUCACCUUAUGUUUUCUCAUCAGAUGCACGCCACAACAGGGAGUCUUACAGGCUCUGUUUUGGUAUAUCCUAGGAAGGGAGAAACUUGGGCCAUCUACCAGAAUUGGGAUAUUGGGUGGAGUUCUGAGCCGGAAAAGCACGUAUCUUACAAAUAUGAAUUUGUUGAAGUCUUGUCAGAUUUUGUGGAAGGUGAUGGAAUUGGAGUUUCUUAUUUAGGCAAAGUAAAAGGAUUUGUUAGUUUAUUUCAGCAAACCGAGCAGCAUGGGUUUCAAGUACAACCUGAUGAGCUUUAUAGAUUUUCUCAUCGAAUUCCCUCUUUCAAGAUGACUGGUCAUGAAGGAUUUGGUGUUCCCUCAGGAUCCUUUGAGCUAGAUCCUGCUUCUUUGCCCUCCAGUAUUUUGAUUCAUGAUGUACGUGAUUUGGAAAUCGAUAACAGAAGGAAGAAUACUGAACCUAGUGAUUUGUCUGGUGAAUUUGUAGAAAGGUUGGUUCUGUAAGUGCAUGCACUGGUAUGCAACAGGAGAAUAUGUGGAUUCUAAAUGUGAGUUCUAUGAAAGAGAAGUGCACAGAAAACUUAAGCCAGGGAAACGUCUCUCAACAAAGUGAUAUUCCAUAAGCGGAUAACAAAAACAACACGCAGAAGAAGCAUCAUAAGACCUUCAGUAUUAGAAGAUCCACCAAGGGAUAUAAGCAAGACUAGAGCCAUAUCAAAUGUAGUGAUGAAGUGUCCAGAUACAGCAAUUUCAUAUUUGUAGCAUAUUGAUGUUGAGGAUGAAAACCAUGUCAUCUUCCCUUGUUUUAAAUAAACUUAACCAGUAGCCAGUGUAAUGACAGGAUGCAUUCACGUGUUUUCAGUUUUAGAGUUGUUGUACAUGGAUCUGAAGUAUGUCUUUUUGAUUUGUUUGUAGCUUCCAUCUCAUAUUCCGUUAUUGACUUUCAUUGAAAAUUUUGUUUUAUGGAAGUGUGUGGAUGUAUCGACAAUCAUAUUUGAUGUCUCGACAAUCAU